GAAGAGAUCUGGCACGAAUAGAAUAGGCGAUCUUCAUUGCCACAUCCAUGAUCUCUUUCACGUUGAGCAUUUUAGCGCAUAACGCUUGUUGGUGUAUUAUGCAGUGGUAAUUCAGGAAGUCCGGGAAAGCAUCGUCGUCCCUGCACUUCCAAUAAAUCCAUUCACGCGGCCAACCAUUGCUCUAGUGCUCCAUCCGUGGUGAUGGACACCAAUUUGUGCACUGGGAGCUGGGUUUUCGUGAUAAAGUUAUUGAAAGACUGAAAUAUAUCCUCUCCUCGCGUGUGUUCUUUCAUGGGCAGUAGUGUUAACAGCUCCUCUUUUGCAGUCAUGUCAGUAAACGCCAUCCGAAUAAAAAUGCACAACUGGGCUGUGUCACUCACGUCCGUAGAUUCGUCCAACUUCAGUGAGAAGCACUCGCAAUCUACGAUGUCCUCCCAAAGUUGCUGCAUCAAAUCCUUGGCCAUGGCUUCACUACGCCGUGUAACUGUACUUCUUGACAGCUGGAGAGCUUUGAUCGAAGAUAAUAUUUCUGCCUUGUUUUUAAUGUCUCGGAACAAUGAGUCAGCUGCUUCAACGAAUGCCUCUUUUACCAUCUCUCCGUCUUGGAAGGACUUCUUGUUCUUAACGAUUAAGUGGCUCAGCCGGAGCCACUUAAUCGUAGUUUUUAUGAGCAGUCCGAAAAUGCCGCUCUAAUUUCCCUUCUUCGGUAUUGCGAUGGUAGACUGGCAGAUGAGGCAAACGCACUUCGAAAAUGACAGUAAAAAGAAACUCCUCCUCCCAUUCCGGAUGAAAGUGAUACGUUUUUGGCUUCUUACUCGGUCCAGCUCCCUCUCUCAUUUUUAUACCCUUUCUUAAGAUUAAAAGAAAAAACCAAGAGCUAAAAAUUGGAGGCUAACUAGGCAACUCACAAGCUUUUUUUUUACUUUCCCGCACUUAGCGCCGUUGUUUGCCCAUGCGCAAAUUUCAUAGGGGGGAUGGAUGAUAGGCUGACGUCUAUUUUUUUAAUGAUGAUUUUUUUGUUCCUUCAAUGCAAUGCGAUCUACCCACGAUACCUUCGCGAUCGGCCGGUCGAUCGCGAUCUAAGUAUUGGGCACCCCUGCUCUAGCGCAUCCAAUCAUCAUAAAGUAUCUACGUCAUUUCCAAUGUCGUUCUGGCGGGCGCGGACACAGGCAGUGCACCAAAAAUGGCGUGGCAACCACCACAGCCAUAGACCAUGCCAUAGACCACUGGGAAUGCUUUUCCAUGACAUACGAAAAAUCAUCCGGUCUGAAAUUAAUUUACAAGUUUCGGUCUUAUUUUUAUGAUGCAGAAGUCUCGGUUCAAUUUGAUUAAGUCUGAGAUAAAUGUAUCUGUUAAAUGUUUAUCUUUUUUUGUUUCCUGAUUUAAUGCAUUGUAAGCACCUCUGUGUUGUAGCUGGCAUUGAUGCACAAGACUAUAGUUAUGUAAUGCUUAAAAUGAAAUAAUUGACAAGGGGACCUGGUUUUGUCUUUGUACUUUGAUUUGGUUCAGUGCAGUAACCUGAAUGCCAUUUUGAGUCUUUUCUGAAUGGCUUGACUGUUUUCUAUUCAAAAUAAAUAAACCUGCAUUUGUGAUAACUUGGCUGUCUUCUAACUAUGUAUGCUGUAAUGACUUAAAUAAAUUUGAAAAGGUUGCAACUUUAGAAUAGGGAACAUGUUUGGGUUAAUAAAGGUCCAACAACUUGUGAGUUAAAUAUGUUACUAAUAGGCAUAUUAAUAAGCUCAUAUUUAAUGGUGAAUAUGUGUAUCUAAAUAUAACACACACCGUGUUAUUAGAACACAAAUUUAUACGCUGGGUUUUAGUAAAAAUAAAUGGUAACUCCGACAGGCUGCUGUGUGGUUAGAGAAACACUGCGUUUAAUGUAAACCACACUCAAACCAAUGCAAAAUUUCUCACGUGUCCUCUUCUUUCAAUACACUUGCACGACAACAUGUCAAUUUAUUUAUUUAUUUUAGAUUUUUCAGUUUGCCAUUCCAUUCCAUAACAAUUGAGUCUUCCAUUUCCCCAUCCCUUCAAACAUUUGUUAAUUUCAUGCUAUCAUAAUCAAAUAAUCAUUUCUGUAAUGAAUGAAAUAGAUACAAAAUUUCCUCACAAAGCAUGAGGUGUACGUAUGUCCUAAACACAUUAUAAUUAUCGCGAGUCCAGUACAUUUUUACUUCUAUGGUAUUCAUUUAUGCCUAGUUUUUGAUUUAUGCACAGCCAUCUUUUAUAGAGCUUCUUAGCUCUGAGUAAAAUAAGUAUCUGAAACUACAGAUUUUAUAACUCUUCAAGUUCCACAUCUAUUUAAUUAAUGUUAUGCAGGGGUGAAAUGCAACAUGUCCUGGUAUUAUCUCAGUGACUCUAGAAUCAUUUGUGUUUUACAAGACACACCUAAUGUCCAGGCUUAUAGUGAGUGGGGACUAGAGGAAAUAGGUUAUUUAGUUGUUGUGUUUUUUGGGCGGGGGGGGGAUUUUCCUUCAGGACGAUAAAGUUGAUCUGGUUUUAACGUGGCUAAUCCGAUUAUAUAUUAUUGAACAUUUAAGCCUACUUGUUGGGCUUCGAGCCGACUGUAAAGAUUUACGUAAAAAUGUCAAACUUUCACAUCGUUUCAAGAUGAUGAGAAGAUGUAUUAUUGUGUUAAUACAUUGUAUUCAUUCAAUGUAAGAUUGUUGCAUAACUAGGUUCUGAAAACGAUAUGACAAUUUGAAUAAGGAGAACCAAGAUGUAGCCAAUGGGGAGUCUUGGUCCUGCCCCUUUUGUUUAAGAAGAGGCAGUAAUAAUUGACUGGAUGCGUUUCAAGAAAUGAAUAAAAGGUGUUGAAUGCGGUGAUGGAUGGCCUCAAACCAUAUAUUAGAUAUGUUAGCAUUUUGCAUGUCUAAGGAGUAUAAUAUGAGUUACAAGAUUUCGAUUUGUUGAGUAUGAACAGUUUUCUUUCUCAAAUUGAUGUGUAAAGAUGAAUACAUCAUUUACGAUCUGUAUCGAUAUGUGUAAUAGUCAAUACAUAAUUUAUGAAAUGUAAUGAUGUGUGCAAUGCUUAAUGCAUCUUUUAUGUUUUCUCUGUCUGGAUUAGAAGACACAAUGAACCAGAGACUCCCACUUUUCUUUCUUUCUUUACUUUGCUAUUUUGUCAUUCUGCUGGUCAAUAUUGCUCUAAUUCUUACCAUAAUAGUAGACAAACAUCUUCAUGAACCCAUGUACAUCUUCCUGUGUAAUCUCUGCAUCAAUGGACUUUAUGGGACGGUCGGAUUUUACCCCAAAUUCUUCUUUGAUUUGCUGUCCUCUACUCAUCUCAUAUCCUAUUCUGAGUGUCUUGUACAGGUCUUUGUCAUAUACUCCUAUGCUGCAGGGGACUUCUCUAUUCUGGCUCUGAUGGCUUAUGACAGACAUGUGGCUAUAUGUCGCCCUCUAGAAUACCUAUCAAUCAUGACUAAAGAGAGAGUUGCCUUUCUAGUAUGCAUGUCUUGGGUUGUACCCUUGUGUCUUGAGGUUGUUGUAAUAUUGAUGACAUUAAUGCUAGAAUUAUGUGGGUCUCACAUAGAUAAACCCUAUUGUGCCAACUGGUCCAUUGUUAAACUUUCUUGCACCUCAACAACCACCAACAAUAUUGUUGGUUUUAUAACAAUCCUUUUCUACUUUUGCCAUUAUGCGUUUAUUAUUUGUACAUAUGUGACACUUGUCAAAACAUGUUUAAGAUCCACAGAAGGGAAGAAAAAGUUAAUGCAGACAUGUCUCCCACAUUUACUCUGUCUACAAAAUGUCUCCAUUGCCUUACUGUUCGAUCUUUUGUACACUCGAUAUGGAACACAAUCUGUACCACAGAAUCUCAGGAACUUCAUGGCUGUACAGUUUCUUGCCUUUCCUCCUAUUCUCAAUCCUCUCAUUUAUGGACUGAAUCUCAGUAAAUUUCGAAACAGACUUGGAGGUUUCUUAAAGACCAAGUAG